UGGUUCUUCGGUCUGGAGGAAGUGAAAUUCUACCUUCCGGCAGGAGUUGACACAAAGCUGUCGGAUGCGGUCAGAAAAAGUGUGGUGCUACUCGGUCAACUAGAAACGCGCCACGGAACACGGUCCGACCCGAAAAGAUGUCCUCGGCCUGGAUGAAGUUAUUCACCAAUGCCAGCAUUCCGUUGCAGGCGGCCACCGGGUACGCAGUGUUUGUUGGGAACCGGAUCCAGAAGGACAUGCUGAUGGAUUUGAACAAGGAGUACCUGCCGGAGAUGGGCAUCACGACGAUGGGAGACAUUAUUGCCAUCCAGCGCCACUCGAAGACGGUGUGCGACCAGAGUGCCCGCGACCGGGUGCUGUCCUCGCAGUCGGCAGUCGUCGAGAAGCCAGAACUGCCGGAACACUUAACCAAUCUGGUUCCGGUGGCGGCGGUUUCCGCCACGCUGAGCAACCCACCCAAAUGUUCGGACAAGAAAGCAUCGCUGGUCGGUAGCUAAGGCAAACGGAGUGCCGUCUUCAAACUGAAGAAGUCGCCGCAACAACCCACCCGCAAACUCCCUCUCAAAACCCAGAACGUCACUCUGUUGAAGAAGAUCCCUGCCAAGACGGUCACGGCAGGUGACGACCAGUCGCUCUCCUCGCGACGGC